AUGGCGCAUCAAUACCAAAGAAAGUUACGCGUCGUUGUCGACGAAAUCAACGCAUAUCAAUACGAAAGGACUUUAAGCGUCGUUGACGACGAAAUCAGACUGCUUCAGAUCCAACCAUCCACGGAUAUGGUCUCAGAAAUCAAAUGUCAGCUAGUAACGACAUCUCUAGGAAAAGCAGGAAGCUACAUUGCCCUGUCUUAUUGUUGGGGUGACCCUGAGACCAAGGGGAAGAUCAUUGUUUCCAAAAGGCCUAUGAUGGUCACGAAAAAUCUCAUCAGCGCGCUGCAAGAUCUGCGUGGCCGCGGGUAUCUCCGCAUCUGGGCUGAUGCAGUCUGCAUCAACCAACACAAUCCGGAAGAAAAAAGCCAGCAGAUUCUAAGAAUGGCAGGGAUAUACCGCUCGGCUUGGAAAGUGGUGGCGUUUUUGCACGGCGCGAGGUUUGCUGAGGCGAAACUGGCGGCAGCGCUCAUCAUACGGAUGUAUAAUGAGGAGAAAGCGGCGAGAAAGGCAAUGGAGGAAUAUAAAAGAAAAAGAAAGAUGGAAAAGGACCUAGGACGGUUCAAAGAUGAAGGGGAAUGGUCCAAGGAGGGAACAUGGUCACUACUGUUCAAAUGCCAUCAGCCGCGCGAACGCCAUCAGCCGAGCGAACUGCGACGCCCGGUACGUCUGCCUGUUCAGAUCGACGAUCGUGAGCACUACGUUUUGUACAAACUACUAAAUAACCCUUAUUGGUGUCGCUCCUGGAUAAUACAGGAAAUCUCUGCCAAUACUCAACUGGAAAUAAUCUGGGGUCACCAUCGUUUCAGGCUGAACAACUUGAUUCACGUUGGGCGUCUGGCAUCCGAGUCCAAAGGUAUUCAAAUACAAAAUUAUGGACAGCUGGCUCAUAUCCAGGACCUCGAGAGGAUUCGGACUGCCCAGUUAACGAUGCAACCACAUUCCAUUUUCCAGGUUCUGCCAUUGACACGCAACACAAAAGCGUCAGAGCCUCGCGACAGAAUAUACGCUAUUCUCGGCGUGACAUCGAAUGGCAAUAUCCUUGUUCCGUUUCCCAACUAUUCACUGCCAGAUUCUGCCGUGAAUAGAGACAUAACGUCACGGAUGAUCCAAAGAACAGGGCGGCUAGAUAUUGUGAUUUUCAAGCACGGUGAAGUGGGACCAUGGUGGCACGAUUGGUUCAGCCCGGAAUCGUUCUCUCAUCGGCGAAUGCAAUGUUGUAUCAAUCCUCCAAUAAAGAGUGAAGACUCUAGCGAAUAUGAAGACUAUUACGAUGCUUGCAACAAGAGGCCCGCACACUUUCAAUUUCGGAACCACUCGCUCUUCGUUGAAGGCUUCGUCGUGGAUGAUAUCAUGCAGUGUUCCCCCACCCUACCCGAAGCUCUGCAGGGAGGAGUGAAGAUGGAGUCUUGGAAGUACAUAAAAGGGCAGAAUCGCCGGAUCGAUAUAUCAUGGAGGAAGAUGAAAAAACAAGCGCGGAUUCUCGCUUGGCUCCUGUACGGUGUCGACUUACAAGACGACUUUUCGGCCUCUUAUCAAGUACGCGAGGCAGAUUUGGAAAAAUUGCUAUACAGCCUCCGGAAAAGCCGAAAAAUUGAGACUCAUUCAAGACUUGCUAGGGAGUUGAUCCAGUGGCUUUAUUGUUGUUGCGUAGAAUCUUUCGUCAUCAAAGGCUACCCUCUCACAUCCUGGCUUACUGGGGAAGAAGCGAAACCUAAUGUGAAGCUCGACGCAUUAACACGUUUUCACACCAAUCUGCGCUGGCAGAUGCGCCUAGGAAGUACACACCAAGGACGUCUGGGAUGGUUCAAUAGGAAUGCCCUUCCUGGGGACAAAAUUGCGGUUAUAUCAGGUUGUCGCUUCCCGGCUGUGCUUCGAAAGUGCGGUCAGAAUCGCUACUGUGUGGUUGGUGAGGCCAUUGUGCAAGGACUAAUGUUCGGCGAAGCCAUGCAAGAAGUGCAAACAAUGGAGCUGGUGGAUCUGCAUCAGAAGAAGUAG